AUGCACAGGAUCCGUUACGAGGGCAUCAGGCCAGCCGCAGGAUACCCCUCCCAACCCGACCACACGGAGAAGAGCGCCAUGUGGACACUGGGCCAGGUGGAGGAGAGGACAGGUAGGCUCUCCUUCCAUCUGCACUGAUUUGGAAACAACUGGCCCUUGGUGAAAGGCAGCCUAAUGAUGAGCGCCCACCAUAUUGAUUCCACCGAUCCUGUCAUUUCCUAUCAGGGCAGAUGAAGGCCUAAUAGAGAUGGGGCCGUAGAGUAGUUUCUGCAUCGUAGACUUCUUUCUGUGUUGGUAGUCUUUUAUGACUGAUGACCCUGGUCCUCUGUAGCUCAGCUGGUAGAGCACGGCGCUUGUAACGCCAAGGUAGUGGGUUCGAUCCCCGGGACCACCCAUACACAAAAAUGUAUGCACGCAUGACUGUAAGUCGCUUUGGAUAAAAGCAUCUGCUAAAUGGCAUAUUAUUAUUAUUAUUAUUAUUAUUAUUAUUAUUAUUAUUAUUAUUAUUAUUGAUAGCUACCCCAAUCCAGCCGCUUGAGGAAGUCUGUAAAUGAGGUUUUGAUGAAUAUGUCGUCUGAUGUUUUUCCAGGUAUCAAGUUGACUGAGUCUCUGGCCAUGACCCCAGCGGCUGCUGUCUCUGGGCUGUACUUCUCUAACCCCAAAUCGACCUACUUCGCAGUGGGAAAGAUCACCAAAGAACAGGUACUGAUACAGGCUCAGAUGAGAUUAAAUUGGGGUUAAUGUAACUGAUUAAAUACCCUAUGUGGCGCCCCCUUGGGGCCACCUCACCACACUACCUUUUUUAAAGAUUUGGUGUCAGCGGUGGGAUCUAACACUAAAAGAGGGCCUCACUAAAUCAAAUCAGAUCACUAGCAGACCUGCAAACCUGCACGCAUUUUGAGCUUGUAGUACGCCGGUAUGAAAAACUACCCUAAAAUACGCAUUGUGGUUUUUGACUCAACCGUCGGGAAGUUGGAGCUGAGCCAAUCGGAGGACAAAUCUCCAGCGUCGCUGUGCGGAAAACAGACAUGGCGGAGAGAGCGGGGUGUUCUGCUAAUACCGUCCUUCACAGAAAGUUACGUUAGACUGUUAAAGGUUAGCAGGCCUAUGUUAACGAAUCAGUUCUGGAUCUGUCCUCUUGAUAUAACUGUAUAUCAACAGUAGGCUGCUAAUUUAAGUUUGGACGGUAUCCAGAUUGUCAUACCUUCAUACCGACCUUCUACCAAUCCCGGGAUAUUCGGUAAUACCGGCACUGACCACAAGGGCCGCUGUUUUCAAACCCUACUGACACUGUAAUCCGAAGGUUAGCAAUACUAACAAGUACAUGUAAAAUCUCAUAGAGAAUGCUAACUAAAUGCUAACGAGCGCAUUGCGAACAUUUUGGACAGUUUCUGACCUAAACUAUACAAGUAACUGAAAAAUGCUACUCACAGUUUGCUGCACGCACAAAACAAAUAUUAGCCAGCAAGGCUGUUGAUCCAGGAGGGGAUUCUCUGCUGUUUACCAAGCGAAUGCUUGAUUUUGGAAGAAGCUAACCACUUAGCUAGAUAACUAACUUGCCACUAAAUUAGCAAACCGAAUAUACAACUGCAGAGCAUUUAGCACAUUGUAGACAGUUAACUUAAUAGUUAUAAGAUAUCUAGCUGGCAAACAUUUAGUUGUGAAUUCCAUCCUGUGAUUAGAUCACCUGGCCCAUGCUGCACAACAGGGAGUGACUCCCAAGGCUCAGGUAUCUCCUCGUUGUGUGCUUGUAAACAAACACCAUGUGACUGGGGAUUACCGUAAGCUUCAUAAUAGUGUGACUGGGGAUUACCGUAAACUUCAUAAUAGUGUGACUGGGGAUUACCGUAAACUUCAUAAUAGUGUGACUGGGGAUUACCGUAAGCUUCAUAAUAGUGUGACUGGGGAUUACCGUAAGCUUCAUAAUAGUGUGACUGGGGGAUUACCGUAAGCUUCAUAAUAGUGUGACUGGGGAUUACCGUAAGCUUCAUAAUAGUGUGACUGGUGAAAUGAAGAACGCACUGUUCUUUAUCUCCUAAUGUAUUGCACAAGUUGACUGCAGGUAUUUACUUAAAAAAGUAGCUACAAAUAUUUAAAAUGUAUUUUUUUAAAAACUUCAAAUAAAUAGUUUCAACGCUAUUGACUGUAUUGGAAAAACCAUCCCGUGGCUAUUUCCAAGUCCCCCGGGUAUACGGUAUACUGCCCAAGCCUACUGCUAAUGAUGUGGUAAUAGUCAGUUCACCGAUGAAUGGUAGCCGUAGUAGUCCGACCUGAUGGAUGAGGUCAGGGGUGGAGAUCUGAUGGAUGAGGUCAGGGAUGGAGACCUGAUGGAUGAGGUCAGGGAUGGAGACCUGAUGGAUGAGGUCAGGGAUGGAGACCUGAUGGAUGAGGUCAGGGAUGGAGACCUGAUGGAUGAGGUCAGGGAUGGAGACCUGAUGGAUGAGGUCAGGGAUGGAGACCUGAUGGAUGAGGUCAGGGAUGGAGAUCUGAAACGUGCUCAUAUAGCCCCUAGUUCAGUUGUUUCAUCUUCCAAAUAGCCUCCAGUAAGCUACACUAAUACGUUGCAUUCAGUAGUUGAGAUCAAACGCCAGACUGCUGUGUUGGCUACGUUGUUUGAUUAUCAUUUAAGACUCUAGGUUUCAGGAAAUGGCAGUUACAGGUUUUUAAAAAAAUGCUAAAUGCUCCAAUUUACUGAGGGGGAAGUUGGCUGUCCCCGUCCGGACCUCCCCCCUACCCAACCAGAGACCUACAUUUACAUUUACAUUUUAGUCAUUUAGCAGACGCUCUUAUCCAGAGCGACUUACAUGAGCAAUUAGGGUUAAGUGCCUUGCUCAAGGGCACAUCGACAGAUUUUUCACCUAGUCGGCUCGGGGAUUAGAACCAGCGACCUUUCGGUUACUGGCACAACGCUCUUACCCACUAAGCUACCUGCCGCCCUACAUCAGCACCGCCUUGUCAGAAAAUCCAAGGGAGAGCCCUGAUUGGUACAUUUUAAAUGUAUUUCUAGUUAGCUAGUGAAGAGCAGCCAGUUACCAUGAACCGAUCAGUCUAUUGCCUACCCUUCGUACUGAGGCAGUCUUCUGCCAACAUCAUUAUCAGGCUAGAAAAGGUUCAUUUGUCUAUGAUUUGAGCCGUGUGGGUGUCGCUACGCGCCGUCGUGAGGGUCGGGGAUGCCUCCGCCGCGCUAAAGUGGGACUCAUGAAAAUGAUUCAAGGUUGGCAGGUCUGCACUAGUCUCAUCACAUACUAGGGAUGUCCUGACAUUAUGCUAAUGUUGUUAAUGUGUGGUAUGUCCUGACAUUACGUUCAUGUUGUUAAUGUGUGGUAUGUCAUGUCCUGACAUUAUGUUCAUGUGUGGUAUGUCUUGACAUUAUGUUAAUGUUGUUAAUGUGUGGUAUGUCAUGUCUUGACAUUAUGUUCAUGUGUGGUAUGUCAUGUCUUGACAUUACGUUCAUGUUGUUAAUGUGUGGUAUGUCAUGUCUUGACAUUACGUUCAUGUUGUUAAUGUGUGGUAUGUCAUGUCUUGACAUUGUUAAUGUUGUUAAUGUGUGGUAUGUCAUGUCUUGACAUGAUGUUAAUGUUGUUAAUGUGUGGUAUGUCAUGUCUUGACAUUAUGUUAAUGUUGUUAAUGUGUGGUAUGUCAUGUCUUGACAUUAUGUUAAUGUUGUUAAUGUGUGGUAUGUCAUGUCUUGACAUUAUGUUGAUGUUGUUAAUGUGUGGUAUGUCAUGUCUUGACAUUAUGUUGAUGUUGUUAAUGUGUGGUAUGUCAUGUCUUGACAUUAUGUUGAUGUUGUUAAUGUGUGGUAUGUCUUGACAUUGUUAAUGUUGUUAAUGUGUGGUAUGUCAUGUCUUGACAUGAUGUUAAUGUUGUUAAUGUGUGGUAUGUCAUGUCUUGACAUGAUGUUAAUGUGUGGUAUGUCAUGUCUUGACAUUAUGUUAAUGUUGUUAAUGUGUGGUAUGUCAUGUCUUGACAUUAUGUUAAUGUGUGGUAUGUUAUGUCUUGACAUUAUGUUAAUGUGUGGUAUGUUAUGUCUUGACAUGAUGUUAAUGUUGUUAAUGUGUGGUAUGUCAUGUCUUGACAUUAUGUUGAUGUUGUUAAUGUGUGGUAUGUCAUGUCUUGACAUUAUGUUGAUGUUGUUAAUGUGUGGUAUGUCUUGACAUUGUUAAUGUUGUUAAUGUGUGGUAUGUCAUGUCUUGACAUGAUGUUAAUGUGUGGUAUGUUAUGUCUUGACAUGAUGUUAAUGUUGUUAAUGUGUGGUAUGUCAUGUCUUGACAUUAUGUUAAUGUUGUUAAUGUGUGGUAUGUCAUGUCUUGACAUUAUGUUAAUGUUGUUAAUGUGUGGUAUGUCAUGUUUUGACAUUAUGUUAAUGUUGUUAAUGUGUGGUAUGUCAUGUCUUGACAUUAUGUUAAUGUUGUUAAUGUGUGGUAUGUCUUGACAUUGUUAAUGUUGUUAAUGUGUGGUAUGUCAUGUCUUGACAUGAUGUUAAUGUGUGGUAUGUUAUGUCUUGACAUGAUGUUAAUGUUGUUAAUGUGUGGUAUGUCAUGUCUUGACAUUAUGUUAAUGUUGUUAAUGUGUGGUAUGUCAUGUCUUGACAUUAUGUUAAUGUUGUUAAUGUGUGGUAUGUCAUGUUUUGACAUUAUGUUAAUGUUGUUAAUGUGUGGUAUGUCAUGUCUUGACAUUAUGUUAAUGUUGUUAAUGUGUGGUAUGUUAUGUCUUGACAUUAUGUUAAUGUGUGGUAUGUCAUGUCUUGACAUUAUGUUAAUGUUGUUAAUGUGUGGUAUGUCAUGUCUUGACAUUAUGUUGAUGUUGUUAAUGUGUGGUAUGUCUUGACAUUGUUAAUGUUGUUAAUGUGUGGUAUGUCAUGUCUUGACAUGAUGUUAAUGUGUGGUAUGUUAUGUCUUGACAUGAUGUUAAUGUUGUUAAUGUGUGGUAUGUCAUGUCUUGACAUUAUGUUAAUGUUGUUAAUGUGUGGUAUGUCAUGUCUUGACAUUAUGUUAAUGUUGUUAAUGUGUGGUAUGUCAUGUCUUGACAUUAUGUUAAUGUUGUUAAUGUGUGGUAUGUCAUGUCUUGACAUUAUGUUAAUGUUGUUAAUGUGUGGUAUGUCAUGUCUUGACAUUAUGUUGAUGUUGUUAAUGUGUGGUAUGUCAUGUCUUGACAUUAUGUUGAUGUUGUUAAUGUGUGGUAUGUCAUGUCUUGACAUUAUGUUGAUGUUGUUAAUGUGUGGUAUGUCUUGACAUUGUUAAUGUUGUUAAUGUGUGGUAUGUCAUGUCUUGACAUGAUGUUAAUGUUGUUAAUGUGUGGUAUGUCAUGUCUUGACAUGAUGUUAAUGUGUGGUAUGUCAUGUCUUGACAUUAUGUUAAUGUUGUUAAUGUGUGGUAUGUCAUGUCUUGACAUUAUGUUAAUGUGUGGUAUGUUAUGUCUUGACAUUAUGUUAAUGUGUGGUAUGUUAUGUCUUGACAUGAUGUUAAUGUUGUUAAUGUGUGGUAUGUCAUGUCUUGACAUUAUGUUGAUGUUGUUAAUGUGUGGUAUGUCAUGUCUUGACAUUAUGUUGAUGUUGUUAAUGUGUGGUAUGUCUUGACAUUGUUAAUGUUGUUAAUGUGUGGUAUGUCAUGUCUUGACAUGAUGUUAAUGUGUGGUAUGUUAUGUCUUGACAUGAUGUUAAUGUUGUUAAUGUGUGGUAUGUCAUGUCUUGACAUUAUGUUAAUGUUGUUAAUGUGUGGUAUGUCAUGUCUUGACAUUAUGUUAAUGUUGUUAAUGUGUGGUAUGUCAUGUUUUGACAUUAUGUUAAUGUUGUUAAUGUGUGGUAUGUCAUGUCUUGACAUUAUGUUAAUGUUGUUAAUGUGUGGUAUGUCUUGACAUUGUUAAUGUUGUUAAUGUGUGGUAUGUCAUGUCUUGACAUGAUGUUAAUGUGUGGUAUGUUAUGUCUUGACAUGAUGUUAAUGUUGUUAAUGUGUGGUAUGUCAUGUCUUGACAUUAUGUUAAUGUUGUUAAUGUGUGGUAUGUCAUGUCUUGACAUUAUGUUAAUGUUGUUAAUGUGUGGUAUGUCAUGUUUUGACAUUAUGUUAAUGUUGUUAAUGUGUGGUAUGUCAUGUCUUGACAUUAUGUUAAUGUUGUUAAUGUGUGGUAUGUUAUGUCUUGACAUUAUGUUAAUGUGUGGUAUGUCAUGUCUUGACAUUAUGUUAAUGUUGUUAAUGUGUGGUAUGUUAUGUCUUGACAUUAUGUUAAUGUGUGGUAUGUUAUGUCUUGACAUUAUGUUAAUGUGUGGUAUGUUAUGUCUUGACAUUAUGUUAAUGUGUGGUAUGUCAUGUCCUGACAUUAUGUUAAUGUUGUUAAUGUGUGGUAUGUCAUGUCUUGACGUUAUGUUAAUGUUGUUAAUGUGUGGUAUGUCAUGUCUUGAUGUUAUGUUCAUGUUGUUAAUGUGUGGUAUGUCACGUUAAUGUGUGGUAUGUCAUGUUAAUGUGUGGUAUGUCACGUUAAUGUGUGGUAUGUCAUGUUAAUGUGUGGUAUGUCUUGUUAAUGUGUGGUAUGUCACGUUAAUGUGUGGUAUGUCUUGUUAAUGUGUGGUAUGUCACGUUAAUGUGUGGUAUGUCACGUUAAUGUGUGGUAUGUCACGUUAAUGUGUGGUAUGUCACGUUAAUGUGUGGUAUGUCACGUUAAUGUGUGGUAUGUCACGUUAAUGUGUGGUAUGUCACGUUAAUGUGUGGUAUGUCACGUUAAUGUGUGGUAUGUCACGUUAAUGUGUGGUAUGUCACGUUAAUGUGUGGUAUGCCAUGUUAAUGUGUGGUAUGUCAUGGUAAUGUGUGGUAUGUCAUGGUAAUGUGUGGUAUGUCAUGGUAAUGUGUGGUAUGCCAUGUUAAUGUGUGGUAUGGCAUGUUAAUGUGUGGUAUGUCAUGUUACCACAGGUGGAGGACUAUGCUGGGAGGAAAGAGAUGCCAGUGUCAGAGGUGGAACGCUGGCUGGGGCCAAUCCUGGGCUACGACACUGACUGA